CGGAGCGGUUCCUUUCAGGCAGGCGCUGGCUGGGCAGCGAUGGCGGACGAUGGGGAUGGGAAGCUAAGGACUGAGCAAGGAGGCGGCGGCGGCCCGGAGGAGACGGAGGCUGCCGCGGCCGGCAGCUGGCUGUGGGGAGGCGGCCUGCUGUUGAACGUGACGCUGCUGGCGCUCGUGGCGUUGGCGGCCUACCAGCUCUACCGGCGCUGGGGCAAGCGGAGCGGGGCUGGGGGCGCGGCGCAGCAGAGCCAGGCCUCUCCCUUGCCCCGCAUGAAGCGGGGGGACUUCACUCUGGAGCAGCUGCGCGAGUACGACGGCGCACGCACGCCGCGCAUCCUCCUGGCCGUCAACGGCAAAGUCUUCGACGUGACCAAAGGCGGCAAGUUCUACGGGCCCGAGGGUCCUUAUGGAAUAUUUGCUGGCAGAGAUGCCUCAAGGGGUCUAGCAACUUUCCGUCUAGAUAAAGAUGCACUCAGAGACGAAUAUGACGACCUAUCUGAUCUAAAUGCUGUACAGAUGGAGAGUGUGAGAGAGUGGGAAAUGCAGUUUAAAGAAAAGUAUGACUAUGUUGGUAGACUCCUAAAACCAGGAGAGGAACCAUCAGAAUAUACAGAUGAAGAAGAUACCAAGGAUCACACUAAACUGGAUUAAGCUUUGUAAAUCACCAAAGUCAUGGGCCUUCAGAACUGCAAUCUUAUUUCCCAUCACAGAAUGCCCCGUCUCCACAGUUCUUCUGCUGCACAAAACAACUCAACAGGUUUUGUACAAGAACAUCAUCACCCUCUCUCAAUGAAGAUUUGAUUAGGCAUUCUUUGUGCUGCCCAACUUUUUUUGUUGCAGUUUAACUAAUGUCUGGAAAGGCUUCGUUAAUGAAGAGGGGCCAGGGAUUUAAAAAGGAAACUCUGUUCCUUUUAGCCUGUUGAAGCCUUAGAACAGUUCAUUAUUUACAAACGUCAGUGUUUCAUGUCAUUUCUACUCCUUCGGCGCUAGAACGGAAAGCCUCAAGGAAUACUAGUAAAUUUGGCAUCUGAAACAUUACAAAAAAUGGGAAUAUUCAAACUAGUCUGUGGGGUGUUGGUUUCCAUGCCUGAGAACUAUUUAAGACCUCUACAGAUUAUGGGGUUUCAAUAUAUUCCCCUGAAGGAUAGAGAAAAGCUUAACUUCUCUGCAGAAGCUAUCAUUUGAAACCUGCCUUCUAUGCUUUUCCUUUCCCCUCAAUCAAAUCGGAAUAAUUGUGCCUUAUUUCACUUAAGACUUGAAUUGUUUUAAGGGAAAGCCCCAGAUGUGACAUAAGUCACUAAAAGCAGCAUUGAGGGCUGAAUG